AUCAGGACAAGAACUACAUCAAACCUCGCAGGAGACGGAACGAAAAGAACUCUCCUUUUACCUCCACCUUUCACCCCAGCUGAGGCUUGCGCCCUUGUCAAAGACCAUCGGCCACUUCAAACGGGAACUUUUUGGCGUGAAGCUUCAAGGACGACGGAGCAUCUUUUCUACACAAAUACAGGAAACAGCUGAAGCUUUUGCUUUUUUUUUUUUUUCCCAGCAGAGGAAAUAAAGCCCUCACGCAUCCAACAAGCUCCUUCUCUCACUCUAUCUCGCAGAAAUGUCGCGCUGGGGGCGUAAGAACGUGAAGAAGGCUCCGGAGGUGAUCCGCACGGUGACGGAGGGCCUCAAGUCGCUGUACCGCAAAAAACUACUGCCGCUAGAACAGUACUAUGGCUUCCACGACUUCCACUCGCUCAGCCUGGAGGACGCAGAUUUUGACAACAAACCCAUGGUGCUCGUGGUGGGACAGUAUUCCACUGGGAAGACCACCUUCAUUAAGUACCUACUGGAACAGGAGAUUCCUGGCAGCCGGGUGGGACCCGAACCCACCACCGACUGCUUCACCGCCAUCAUGCACGGCGAAGUAGAGAGCGUCAUACCUGGGAACGCCCUCAUUGUGGACCCAAACAAGCCUUUCCGAAAGCUCAACCCUUUCGGGAACACCUUCCUCAACAGAUUCCAGUGCGCCCAGAUGUCCAAUCAGGUGUUGGAGAGCAUCAGCAUCAUCGACACCCCUGGAAUCUUGUCUGGAGCUAAGCAGAGAGUCAGCCGAGGCUACGACUUUCCCGCCGUGUUGCGCUGGUUCGCCGAGCGCGUGGACCGCAUCAUCCUCCUCUUCGACGCCCACAAACUGGAGAUCUCGGACGAGUUCUCGGAGGCCAUCGGCGCGCUGAAGGGCAACGAAGACAAGCUGCGGGUGGUCCUCAACAAGGCCGACAUGGUGGGGACCCAGCAGCUCAUGAGGGUCUACGGCGCCCUCAUGUGGUCUCUGGGCAAGGUUUUCGGCACCCCCGAGGUUCUCAGGGUCUACAUCGGUUCCUUCUGGUCCGAACCGCUGAUGGUGACGGACAACCGCAAGCUGUUCGAGCUGGAGGAGGAGGACCUCUUCGCCGAUAUCCAGAAUCUUCCUCGGCAUGCGGCGCUGCGCAAGCUAAAUGACCUGGUCAAGAGGGCGCGCCUGGUUCGGGUGCACGCUCACAUCAUCAGCUACCUGAAGCAAGAGAUGCCGUCCGUUUUUAGGAAGGACAAUAAGAAAAAGAACCUCAUCUAUCAAUUGCCCGUCAUCUUCUCUAAGAUUCAACUGCAGCAUAACAUUUCUGCCGGAGACUUCCCAGACUGUGCCAAGAUGCAGGAGCAACUGAUGGUUCACGACUUCACCAAGUUCAAAACCCUGAAGCCCAACCUGAUGGCGGCCCUGGACGAGCUCCUGUCCGUGGACAUCGCCAAGCUGAUGCCGCUCCUGCGCCAGGAAGAGCUGGAGGCCGGCGAUCAGCCCGGCGUGCAGGGCGGCGCCUUCCUGGGCAGCCGCGCCGGCCCCUUCGGCGAGGGCGACCCCUUCAGGGACGAGGAAGAAGAGCCCUGCGAUGACGGUGAGGAGGAGCCCGACAAGUGGGUGGUGACCAAGGACAAACCCAAAUACGACGAAAUCUUCCACAACCUGGCGCCCAACGAGGGCAAGCUGAGCGGCACCAAAGCUAAACACUGGAUGGUCAGCUCUCGGCUGCCCAACUCGGUCCUGGGUCGCAUCUGGAAGCUGUCCGACGUGGACCGGGACGGCAUGCUGGACGAGGAGGAGUUUGCCCUGGCCAGCCACCUGAUUGAGGUCAAGCUGGAAGGCCACGGACUGCCCCCGGAGUUGCCCGUCCGCUUGGUGCCGCCCUCCAAACGCAGGCAGAAAGGCUCCGAUGCUUGAACCCGACAACCGUUGACCAAUGAAUGGAUGACUCCCAGCUAUUUUUGGGGGCGUAGGGACGGGUGAAAUCUGUUCCUUUACAAUUCUUGACGCUAAUUACUACUUUCAUAUUAGCUGGUCUUAGGCAGCGUAAUGGAACGCCAACAUGUGGGGGAUUACUGUAAUGCAGGGGUGUCCAAACUUUUUGUCCAACUUGAAAAUCCUUCUACUUUCAUUUUUCAAAUAGAGUAUCGGUAUCGGGUACAAAAGAUCAGGUUUUAAAAAUGUAUUUAUUUUUAGGUUUUAACUCAUUGGCUGCCACUGACGCCGAUAGACGUCCAAUCCAUUUUCCAUUGAUGAGUACACACUGGUUAUGUUCGAAAAGUUUUUUUUUCCAUAGUAUUUCACACAUUGCGUGCCCUGUAGUUGUUUUUUUUUUUUUUUUUUUAAAUCAUAACUCAUGUGUGAAAGUGUUAAAAUUAAUUGAGCAGGUAAAAAAAUCUCCAAUCUCCCAGCUUUCCUGAAAGCAGCAUCUGUUUGUUUGCUACUACUAGAAACUUAAGUCUCCAGGUGUCCCAAACAAAGUAGAUAAAGUAGUCAAAUAAGCCAAAGUUUUAAUAACUCACAAUUGUGACGUAUUUUAGCUAUUUAGCGCACACGCCGCUUCCUUAGCAGCUCACUUGUUGUGUAUGUAGCCUCCUAGCCUCUCUCGUUAGCAUGUUUAGCAUUUAGCACGUCACGUGCACUUUGACCUGUAGUAUUUUAUUUUCGGGUGCGUCUCAUUGCUGCUUGCGUUUACACGAUUGUAUUAAACCGCUCAACGAGGCUGAAAACUACUACUGCUGUGCACAGCGCCACCGCCUGGCCUCAUUGUGGUUAAUAGAGCAAUAAAUGUAUUUUUUGACUGUGUUUUGUCAGAAGUGUGUUUUACUUUGAAAUAUUUUUUGUAAGCCACUGUAACUGAAAGUUUGAACGAGAACGUGCUUAAAGACAAGAGUUCAAAUGUGAAAUCAUGUGAUUCAAAAAAAUGUACAUUGCGCAUAAAAAGUUUAAUAAAGAAGUGUGAAUGAAGUUGA